AUGGCAGGAUUUCUUCUUCCACCCCUGCUGACCCUACUGCUGUCCUUAGCCCUGGGAUCUGCUGCACAGGAAGCCCAGGUUCCAGGCGACACAAGGAUUAUUGGGGGAGUCCGAUGUGGAAGAAACUCCCAGCCCUGGCAGGUGGCCCUGCUCAGAGGCAAUCAGAUCUACUGUGGAGGCGUGCUGGUCAACGAGUGGUGGGUGCUUACCGCUGCCCACUGCAUGUUGAGUGCGUACAACGUGCAUAUGGGCAGUGAAUACCUGAGAAGAGGCCAGAAGAUCAGAGCCACAAUGUCAUUUCGCCACCCCGGCUACUCCUCAGAGAGCCAGGUUAAUGACAUCAUGCUGGUGAAGCUAGAUAAGCCGGCCAGGCUGUCAUCCAGCGUGAAGAAAGUCAACCUGCCUUCCCGCUGUGAACCCCCUGGGACCACAUGUACCGUUUCUGGCUGGGGCGCCAUCACCAGCCCUGUUGUGACCCUUCCAGUGCAACUCAUGUGCGCAAACGUCGACAUCGUCUCCUCUGGAGACUGCAAGAAUGUUUACGAGGACUUGCUGGCAGAUUCCAUGCUGUGUGCUGCCAUCCCCAACUCCAGCACCAAUGCCUGCAACGGUGACUCAGGGGGACCACUGAUGUGCAAUGGUUCUUUGCAAGGCCUGGUGUCCUGGGGAGUUUACCCUUGCGGCCAACCCAACUACCCAGGUGUCUAUACCCAAGUCUGUAAGUACAUCGAUUGGAUAAACGACACCAUGGAAAAGUAUUGCUAA